AUGUCUUUUGAGCAGACAUUCCCUGAAUCCGACCUUCGCAGCGCUGCUCAGGACUACAAGCGCGACGCAGACAAGAAGGCCAAAUGGGCCGCGGGCGCUGUCUCCAUGGACGACCAAGGCGAUAAAUCAGUCCUACCGUCGCGCNNCGAGAAGAGCGGCCUCUUCUGCGCCGUCUACGUCCCGUACAAAGCAAAGGUUGCUCGCAAGCGAGAUAUGCUCGUCGACGCCGAUGAGUACGCUGGCAGCUCCGAAGACAGCAACAGCAGUACCUCCGGCGACGAGGCCACGACUCCAACCGAGAUCCUCUACGGCUUUGACUCGCCCCGCGUCCCUUCCCACGGCAGCCAGAUCUUGAACACCGCCCUCGCAAAGGCUAUCGAGCAGUAUGAGGACAAAGAGACCGUCAAGCUUGUGCGUAACGAGUAUGACAUCCUUGAUGCCGAUGAAGAGGAGGCUCGCAACCUUGGACAUGUCUCGACCAAGCCCAAGCUCAUGGAUGCCGAGGACGCAGAGUACGAGUUCGUCUGA